CCUCGGCCACUAUAUUGUGUCGUUCUCUUUCCAGAUUUCAUCAGUUCUUUCGGUAAUUCUCUCACAUAUGGGUUUAGUUCGAGUUUCCCCACCCACAGAACGUAUUACUUGAUGUGAAUGCUUUACGCUUAUUAGUUCCGAUGACGGCUAUCGUCUAUCUACAAACAGUACAAACUACACGUCGCAAAAAUUGAUAUCAGCAGUAGGAGAUAACGAGAAACUCAAUAAGGAUUUAUGAAAACAUAGCAGCCUCAGUCAGUGCAGUGUUGUGUAUAAUCAAUCGGGUAUGGAAUGUGUAUUUUUUGUUUGAGAUAUGAUCACCAAUGCCACACUCUUCUUCGGAACAGUCUCUGGUUACAAAUUGUCAUCCGGUGUUGAUGGGCAACUCGGAUAUUUUGGUCAAGGAUGAAUUUGGUCAAUCCAAUCCCCUGGAAGUGAGUGAUUACACUUCCAGGAAUGGAGAACUGGUGAAUCUUGAAAAUGCCUGUGUUAAUAUCGAUAAUUCCAGUGAUGUGAUAAUUGGUCCUGUGACACAAUUCAAUGUUAAUGGAAAUGUUACCAUUUACCAAAAUGAAAAUGGACAACAGCGACCCGCUGACGAAGGAGGCACUGACACAGACACUAGAGAAUCCAGUUAUGAUGGU